UGUUGUGGACUUGCUGUGCUGUCCCCACGUGUUUGGAGAUUUAUUUGAGUGUACCGGGGGGAAUCGCUGCUGUUGAUCGGAUCCACGGCCGGGAACAUGGCUGCAGAGAAGGGGCGCCGAGGGAGCGUGCUAUUUACCGGCUAUCGAUCCGUAGGCAUAUACAGCAAUCACAUCCCCCAUGUGGUGAGAUACCACAAGAAGCACAAGGAGUUCUACCUGGUGACCGCGGUGGGGAAUAGCUUUCUCACAUAUAAUGUGAAUAAGCUUGGGCAGGUUGCUGUCAGCAAUGCACUACCAGAAAGUAUUAACUGUCUUGCUGCAGACAGAAUGCUUGUGUUUGCUUCACAUGGAAAUAUUCUUCGAGCAUUUGCGAGGAACAAAGAGGUGGUUCACACCUACAAGGGUCAUGAAGCUGAAAUUCACCUAGUCCUGCCCUUUGGAGAUCAUGUUGUCUCGAUAGACACAAGUAACACUCUUAUAAUUUGGGAUACGCAAUCAGAAGAGGAAUAUCUACAGCUCAAAUUUGAUAAGACCAACUUUACUGUUUCUGCAAUAAUGCACCCCAGCACCUACUUGAAUAAGAUUCUUCUAGGCAGCCAACAAGGGAGCCUUCAGCUAUGGAAUAUAAAAACCAACAAACUUCUGUUUACAUUUCCAGGAUGGGAGUCAGGUGUCACAGUUCUUCAACAAGCACCAGCUGUGGAUGUAGUGGCAGUUGGUCUGACAAGUGGCAAAAUAAUUUUGCACAACAUAAAAUUUGAUGAAACCUUAAUGACGUUUCAGCAGGAUUGGGGCCCCAUUACCGGAAUAUCUUUUCGCACAGAUGGUCAUCCAGUAAUGGCAGCUGGAAGCCCUCUAGGUCACAUUGGGCUUUGGGACCUUGAAGACAAAAAACUGAUGAAUCAAAUGAGGCAUGCUCAUGCCACUGCUAUUGCCGGUCUGACAUUUGUCCAUGGAGAACCUCUUCUUAUCACUAAUGGAGCAGAUAAUGCAAUAAGGGUUUGGAUAUUUGAUGGCCCUGGCGGACAAGGACGUCUGCUGAGGUUCCGUGUAGGUCACAGUGCUCCACCAACUUUCAUCAGACACCAUGGACAUGAUGGUAAAAUGGUCCUCAGUGCAGGUCAGGACGGAACAUUGCAUUCAUUUUCCACAGUUCAUGACAGACUAAGUAAAAGCCUGGGGCAUGGUUCUGUAGAUAAAGCCAAAUCCAAAAAGCUGGGACUCCGUUGCCAUUCUUUAAGACUGCCUCCUAUUGUUUCGUUUGCUGCUGAGGUGGCACGGCAGAGUGAUUGGGAUGGAAUCAUUGCUUGCCAUCAAAAUUCCCUUGCAUGUACAACAUGGAACUUUGUGAGGUCUACUAUGGGAGCUCAUAAGCUAAAGCCUCCAGAGCUAAAUAAAGGAGCACCCCGUGGCAUACAUGCAACUGCUGUUGAAAUUACAAGCUGUGGCAACUUUGUUGUGAUUGGCCUUUCCCGGGGUGACGUUGAUGUGUACAAUAUUCAAUCCGCAAUUCACAGGGGGCACUAUGGCAAAGAUAGAGCUCAUGAAGGAUCAGUGCGGGGUGUUGUCGUGGAUGGAUUAAACCAAAUGACCAUCACUGCAGGCAGUGACAAAUUGAUAAAGUUUUGGAAGUUCAAGACUAAAGAAUUAAUCCAGACAAUAAGUCUCAGUUCUCCAACAUCUAUUCUGCUACAUAGGGAAAGUGGUAUGCUGGCCAUUGCCUUGGAUGAUUUUGGCAUUAACGUUUUAGAUAUUGAAACAAGAAAAAUUGUGAGAAAAUUCACAGGCCACAAUGGAAAGAUCAACGAUAUGACAUUUAGCCCUGAUGGGCGAUGGUUGAUGACUACCUCAAUGGACUGUACCAUUAAAGUGUGGGACCUUCCAUCAGGAUGCCUCAUAGACUGCUUCCUGUUCGAUUCAGCUGCAGUGAGCCUCAGCAUGUCGCCUACAGGGGAUUUCUUGGCAACAGCCCAUGUUGAUGAUCUUGGCAUUUAUUUGUGGUCAAAUAAAUCCUUGUUUUCUAUGAUCUCUUUGCGUCCACUUCCUGCAAAUUAUGAGCCGACAGCAGUUAUGCUCCCUGGUAUGACUGAUGAAAUUGAAGAUGAAGACACUCUACCUGAAAUAGAAGGCUGUAGUGAUGACAUGAUGGAAUACGAGUCUCCAGAACAACUGGGAGAGCAAUUGGUAACAUUAUCUUUAUUGCCUGAGUCGAGAUGGAAGAAUCUUCUGAACCUUGACGUCAUCAAGAGGCGAAAUAAGCCAAAGGAGCCUCCUAAAUUGCCCAAAUCUGCUCCAUUUUUCAUCCCAACGCUUCCUGGGCUUGUUCCUCGCUUUGCCUCUAAUGCACAGGAUGACUCGCAAAAGUCUAAAAUAGUGAAUCUUGGAGUUCUUGAACAGAAGUCUCUGUUUUGUGUCCAGUUGCAAGAAGCUAUUGAAAAUCAAAACUAUGACAUUCCAUUAAAAACAAUAAAAGAAAUGGGACCUUCUGCUAUUGAUGCAGAGUUAAGAAAUCUAGUGCCAGAGGGCGGUGGUUCCGUAGAGGUGAUGCAAAGCUUCUUAAAGAUGAUUGGAAGCAUGUUGGCUACAAAAAGAGACUUUGAGUUGGCCCAGGCAUACCUCGCUUUGUUCCUGAAGCUCCAUCUGAGGUUCAUUUCAUCUGAACCAAGGCUGGUCGAAGAAGUUUCAACAUUAUCUGCUUCUCUUCAAGAAACCUGGCUGAACCUGCAGACCCUUUUUAAUCAGAGUUUGUGUGUGUUAAAUUAUAUGAAAAGUGCUUUAUUAUAAAACAUACCUGUUUUAUUUCCUUAUGUGUUUUGUAAUUGCAAUGUUUGCUUGUUUUACAAGCAGGGCACAUCGCUUCUUCCCCUGACCUCCCACCCUCAGAGCUAUCCUCUUCUGUACAUCAGCACUGAAAUUUCAAGUUCAUUUUCAUGAAUAAUAAAUACUUUUUUUCUUAAAAGUAUAACUUUCAUGCUGCAUGUAGAUCAAAGAGUGGUAAAGCACAUAUGAUGUACAAAAGCUAUGUAUAUCCAAAAAGAUUUAUUAAUAAAAUGUGGGGUUUUUUGUUU